AUGUAUUUAGGCACCGCGCUUGUUUAUCAAGCCGCAAAAGAUGAACCAUCUAUUAAAAUUUCAAGAUUAGGUCCAAACGAUUAUUUCAGUGCUAAAAGCUUAUUAUUUAAUCAAGCAAAUGGUGCAUCAGUUAAAGCACAUGGAUCAUCAACAUGCGUUAAAAUGGCUCAAGAAGAUUUUGAAUCUGAAGUGGCAUCGGUACUUAUUUUUGUAAAAUAA